CUCCCGUGCCUCCGCAUCCUGAGCUCAUCUGCAGACGUCCUGGCGUCCCUAGCCACCAUGCCUAGUCUUUGGGACCGCUUCUCGUCGUCAUCCUUGUCGUCCUCGUCCUUGUCUCAGACUCCCAGCUCAGAUAGCCAGCCGCGCUCCGCCUGGGGGUCAGCGGCCCGAGAGGAGGGGCUGGGCCGCUGCGCGAGCCUGGAGAACUCGGACUGUGAGUCCCUGGACAGCAGCAACAGCGGCUUCGGGCCGGAAGAAGAUGCAUCCUAUCUGGAUGAGGUAUCCCUGCCCGACUUCGAGCUGCUCAGCGACCCCGAGGACGAGCACUUAUGUGCCAGCCUGAUGCAGCUGCUGCAGGACAACCUGGCCCAGGCACGGCUAGGCUCGCGGCGGCCCGCGCGCCUGCUGAUGCCCGGCCAGCUGGUGAGCCAGGUGGGCAAGGAGCUCCUGCGCCUGGCCUACAGCGAGCCGUGCGGUCUGCGGGGGGCGCUGCUGGACGUCUGCGUAGAGCAGGGCAAGAGCUGCCACAGCGUGGGCCAGCUGGCCCUCGAUCCCAGCCUGGUGCCCACUUUCCAGCUGACCCUCGUCCUACGCCUGGACUCACGCCUCUGGCCCAAGAUCCAGGGGCUGUUCAGCUCUGCCAACUCCUCCUUCGUCCCGGGCUUCAGCCAGUCCCUAACGCUGAGCACAGGCUUCAGAGUCAUCAAGAAAAAGCUGUAUAGCUCGGAACAGCUGCUCAUCGAGGAGUGUUGA